CUACGCGGCGCGGGCCGGUUUCUACAGCGCGUGGCGCCCCCGCGCGGCAGCCGGACUUCAAUGCCCACGGCCUGGCCGGAGUGUCUGCCAUGGAGUCGCAGAAAGAGGCGCGAACACUCCAGAAGCCCGUCGCGCGGCCUCCUGGGGCCUCAAGGUCUCAGACGCCGAACGACAAGGAGCGGCGGGAGGGCGGCGCAGUGCCGGCGGCGGCUGCCUUGGGCGCAGAGGCGGACGACGACAGUGCGGACGGGCUGUGGGAGCUGCCGGUGGAGCCGGCCGAGCGGAGGCCCGAGUGCACCCGCUGCAGCCGGCCUCAGAAAGUGUGUUUGUGUCCGUUUCUCCCAGCACACCCUCUUCAUAUCUCUACCCACUUGUACAUAAUUCAGCAUCCAGCAGAGGAAAACAAAGUGUUGCGUACAGUUCCUCUACUAGCAGCAUGCCUGCCCCAGGACAAGUGUAAAGUAAAGAUUGGUCGUCGCUUCAGUGAAGAAAGAGAUCCUGAACUUUCAACUGUUUGCCGGAAGUCUGGUACAUUAAUAUUAUAUCCAGGGGCUGAAGCUGCUAAUUUGGAAGAAUUUAUAUUAGAUUCUCCUGUUUAUCCUUCUACAAUCAUCAUCAUUGAUGGUACAUGGAGCCAGGCUAAGGAUAUUUUCUAUAAGAACUCCUUGUUCCGACAUCCCAAACAGGUGCAAUUAAAAACUAGCAUUUCUAGUCAGUAUGUAAUUCGGAUGCAGCCGACUAAUAGAUGCCUUUCUACACUGGAGUGUGCAGCUGUUGCUCUUUCCAUCUUGGAGAAAAAUAAUUACAUACAAGAGACUUUGCUUCGCCCUCUUCAAGCUUUAUGCUCUUUUCAACUUCAGCAUGGUGCCCAAAUUCGCCUCAGCAAGGAACACCUUCUGAAAAAUGGAUUAUAUCCUAAACCAAUGCCAAAGAACAAACGCAAACUCAGGAAAAUGGAAUUGUUAAUGAAUAGUGUUAAAAUUUAGUACAGUUAUUCUUUUGGUGCUAGCUUAACUGUCUUCAUCUAACAAUACCAAAUUAAGUUUUCAUAUAGUUUAGGUCUGUAGGUUUUUGACUUGCUAAAGAAGAAUGAGAAUUGCAUACUAAUCUUACCCAGAAGAAGGAAGUAAACCAAAUAUUCAUAAAAACAAAUAAACAGAAAUUCACUGGCUCACUGAAAAGCAGGAUUUCAUACUGUACUUGUUUUUAAAAUGUGCCUCUAAUACAUGUUUUCAAACCCAAAUUUAAAAUAUGAUUUGUUGUUGAGAUGGGUUAGAAGUUCUUACUUGUAAAAUAGAAGGAAAUUGUUGUAGUGGAUUGGAACGGUGUUGUUUCCAUUAAUGUUUAUAAAUAAUUAGGUGUAGACCAAUAAUAUAAGAUUCCUACAUCAGUUUGUAGUCCUGACUUUAUAGUUUGAAAUAAGUAGCAAAAGAAAAUUAUGAUAAUCAAGUAAUUUAUUAUUUUGUAAAAUAAUAUAAAGGAAUAAGGAAAUUUUAAGUAUGGUUUAGGGGCUAAAUUUGAACUCAGCUAAUAUGAUUUAAGUGCACUAUUAAUUGCCCUGAUUUUUAAAGAGGUGCAUGUAAUUUUGAAAUAGCACACACUUUCAUUUGUAAUCACUCUGGAUAAAUUUGUAUUUUUCAGUGUUCAUUGAACAGGCUUAUUGACUCUGGUAAACUUACUUUAUUGAUGUUUUCAUAUGGAAAAUAGUUAGUGGAAUGUGAUACAAUUGUUAUUUUCGGAACAUAUUUCUUUAGGGCUAUUUAAGAUAACAUUUUUAAUGGGCAAAAACUUUCCGUUUGAGAGAAAAAAUUCUUCCUACUCUGUGGGAAAAUAUUUGCUGAGAUUUUGUAUAGAAUAAGAUACAUGUAUGUAACAUAUAUGUAUAUUCAGCACAAGUCUACUGCAAUUAUGUACACAUUUUGGCAAGAAGAGGGGAUUUUGUUUAGUCUUUGUUCAUGACUUCUAGAGUUUCCUGUAUCUAGUGUUAAGUUGUAAGGAAAAACUAAACAUGCAAUUUAAAGGUAAACUUGAUAACUAUUUAUGGAGCAUAGACCAAUGAUUAUUUCUCACAGUUUUCAUGCUCAUUUGUUUAUUAUUUACUUGGAUUAGACUCAUUAAAAGCUAUAAUGCUGGUCACAAUUAGAAUGCUAAUAUUUGGGGAAACUAUGCAGAAAAUAUUUUAAAAUAUUAAAAGUUAGAGUGCUAGCUUCUAUUGUUGAUUUAUUUUUGGAUUUAAAAACAAAUUAGGGCUGGGCCCAUUAGCUCACACCUGUAAUCCCAGCACUUUGGGAGGCUGAGAUGUGAGAAUUGCUUGAGCCCAGGAGUUUGAGACCAGCCUGGGCAAUGUGGAGAGACCCCAUCUCCAUACAAAAUUUUAAAAAAAUAAUUAGCUAGAUGUGGUGGUGUGCACCUGUAGUCCUAGCUACUUGGGAGGCUAAGGUGGGAGGAUCACUGGAGCCCAGGACAUCAAGGUUGCAAGGAGCUAUGUUCAUUCCACUGCACUCCAGCCUGGGCUACAGAGUGAGACCUGUCUAAAAUAAAUAAAUAGGUAAACAAACUAUCUCAUUUACAAUGUAAAGCACCUAAUAUCAAAUGAUUAUUUGGUGUACUAGAAAAGAAACAGCAUAUAAUAAUGUAUAAUAGUUUCUUAACAAGUGGGGCUAAAAUCAUUUUAUAGUAAUUUUUCACGUUGAUAUUAAACUUCAUGAGUUUCUUUUAAUCAUCAUCAUUAUUGUUAUUAUUAUUAUUAUUAUGUGAGAUGGAAUCUCGCUCUGUAGCCCAGGCUGGAGUGCAGUGGCACAAUCUCGGCUCACUGCAAGCUCUGCCUCCUGGGUUCACGCCAUUCACCUGCCUCAGCCUCGCGAGUAGCUGGGACUACAGGUGCCCACCACCACACCCGGCUAAUUUUUUGUAUGUUUAGUAGAGACGGGAUUUCACCGUAUUAGCCAGGAUGAUCUCCAUCUCCUGAACUUGUGAUCCGCCUGCCUUGGCCUCCCAAAGUGCUGGGACCGCGCCCAGCCGUCAUUUUUAUUUUUUAAAAAGAAAACUGCCCCUACCCCCUAGUAUACCAUUUUGUAUCUCAAAAUUUUACUUUAUUGAUUUUUAAGAGUAAUUUCUACUUUUAUCUUUUAAAUAAAACAUUUUAGAGUAUUUUUGAAGACUUGAAAAGCUUAAAAUUUAGUGUUUUUGGAAAUGUAUAAAAUUUUCUUGAAGUAUGUAUAGUUUUCCAAAUUACUUUACUGACCUGUUAACUCACUUUACUUGUUUUUUACUUAUUUUUUCCUGACCUCUUAACAAGGCGAGUCCAUUUAAUCAUCUGUGGUAUAAAAUGCUUCUCUGGUCACCUGUUCUCAUUAAACAGUUGUAAGUAAGUUUUAAAAGCCACUAUUUUAAUUACUAAAAGUUCUCAAGUGUGUAGUAUUAUGUGAAUAUUUUAACUGAAAAAUUAAUCAGGCUUUUAAAAAUUAUUUUUUAUUGUAUUAGUUGGCUUUUAAAUUCAGAUUCUUUAUAUUUGCUUGAUUUUCCUGGAAGUUCCAAGUUUUAUGAAUUUGUAGCUGAUAGUAGGCUUUACUUGUGUAUCCCAUCUGCACUUUGAUGUCGUGUAGAUGGUUUUGUGAGUUAUUUGAACCAUGUAACUCAGAGAAUAGUAUUUCCUUAUACAUAAAGUGAUCUCACUUUUAGUCAGCUCGUUUAUAGUAUGUUAAAAAUCAAUGUGUGUAAUGAGAGGUAUUGAGAGUUUCUCGCACACAUGAGUAUAAAAGGUUGAGAACUAGAUUAUACGAAGUAGUAAGUCACAGUGCAUGGCAACUUUCUACAGGUUGGAUUACAAGACUUCUUAUGUGGAAUAGGAGAAUUAUAUUGGGAAAAAAUUAUUUUCUCUAACUUUAAGACUCCAGAGACAGUUUUCUUAGUCAUGACCAGUAAUAUUUUUCAAAUAUUUCGGAAGGAAUAAGCUCCUCACUAUACCACCAGUUAGUGAUUUAUUUAUUUAUGUAUUUUAGAGACAGGGCCUCCUUCUGUCACCCAGUUUGGAGUGCAGUGGUGUAAUCAUAGCUUACUGUAGCCUCAGACUCCUGGGCUCAAGUGUUCCUCCCACCUCAGCCUCCCAAGUAGCUAGAACCUCAGCCCCAUGCCACCACACUCAGCUAAUUUUAAAUUUUACUAAUUCCAUUUAAUUUUUGUGAAGAUGGCGGUCUCGCUGUGUUGUUUAGGCUGGUCCUGAACUCCUGGCCUCAAGCGAUUCUUCUACCUUGGCCUCUCAGUAAAUUAUGUAGAAGAGCACUUCUGUAUAAUUUACUCAGUUUCUUCAUCACCUUUUUCCAACUGUUGUCCAAAAUAGGUUUAAAAAUGUGAUCAUGUUAUUAGAAAAUCCUUUCCAUUGAAUUUCAGGGAUGCUGAAUUUCAGGGAGCUAAAUUGUUGACCCCUGUAUGUAGUUGUUACUGGUUCAGAAGUAAAUUUUAUUGAUGCUGCAAGUAAAAAAUUAGAUCUGACUUAGUAAACUCAAAAGUUUUACAAAACUGUAUUUUACUAUGUAGAUGUAUUUCUUCAAAAUAGGUGUGGAUGGAUAUUUUAAUGAAUAAAUAAUAUUGCAUUAUAGAUGGAAUGAAACUUUGCAUUUAAUUUGCCCCAUAAGUAGGCUUUUUGUAGAAUGAAUUACUAUCUCUUAAAUUGUCCAAUCUAAAUUUUUAUUAGCUACAUUAACUUAAAGCAUAUUCUGUUUCUUUUCUCUUCACACUUUUUUCCUCUUCCCCAGGGUCGUCUUCUCCCUCUUUCAUCACCUACGUUGUCCCCCUUCCUUUUAUACUAUUCUUAUCGUAUGUACUAGCUGUUGUUAUUUAUACAAAUACUCAUACAUCCUUGCAUAGCAUGUUUUUAGACAAAAGAUACUGUAGUGGUCUUAACAGUUUACAAUUUUAUAUUUAAAAAUUAUUCAGGAAAUCUGGAAAUCCCUGACUUUUUACACCAUGCUGAUCACUUGACUCCUGUCUUAGUCCAUUCUGGCUGCUAUCUCAGAAUACCAGAGACUGGGUAGCUUAUGAAAAACAGAAAUUUAUUUCUUCUAAGUCUGGAGGCUGGGGAAAUACAAUAUCAAGGUGCCAGCAGGUUUGGUGUCUGGUGAGGGGCCCACUCACUGCUUCAUAGAUGGUGCAUUCAUUCUAGCUGUGUCUUCACCUAGUGGAAGGGUCGAGCUAGCUCUCUGGGACCCUUAUUGCCUAAUCAUCCCCCAAAGGUUCCACUUCCUAAUACUAUACCUUGGGAAUUAAGGUUUCAACAUGUGAGUUUUGUGGGGACACAAACAUUCAGACCAUAGCAACUCCUGUACUCUACUAAAAUGCAUGUUAGAGAAAUCGGUAAUUGUCUUUCAGUUUUUAAGAAUUAUUCACUUGAGCCGAGCGUGGUGGCUCACAUCUGUAAUUCCAGCACUUUGGGAGGCCGAGGCGGGUGGAUCACGAGGUCAGGAGUUCAAGACCAGCCUGGCCAAGAUGGUGAACCCUCGUCUCUACUAAAAAUACAAAAAUGAGCCAGGUGUAGGGGCAGGCACCUGUAAUCCCAGCUACUCAGGAGGCUGAGGCAGAGAAUUGCUUGAACCUGGGAGGCAGAGGUUUCAGUGAGCUGAGAUGUACCACUGCACUCUAGCCUGGGCGACAGAGUGAGACAAUGUCUCAAAAAAAAUAAAAUUAAAAAAAAUAAGAUUCACUUGAACUAAGAACGUAAGAAUCAUUUUUAAAAGAAAAUUUUUUAAUGUAAGGUUUUUUUAAAAAAAAUUAUUUGAAUAAGAAAUUAUACUAUAUGACUUACUGUUAUUGUUCUUAGAAGUAUAUUAAAGAAUUAAAACAUUUUUAAAAAGUG